GAUAUGAAGCUGCAGGAGGGUUCAGUGAUGAUACUUUUGGUUGGAAGUCGUUGGGGCAAGAGUUGAGGAUCAACGAUGCGACCGCCGAUUUGACCACUUUUCAGCAGCAUGGAAACCGUGCUUUAGCUUCUAAGGACAUGAGGAAAUCCCACGACAGAGGGAUGUCUCACUCUGAUGAGUCUCGCCUGUCCAACCUCCUGCGCCGUGUGUCCCGUGAGGAGGACAGGGACCGUCGGCUGGCCACUGUCAGACAGCUCCGGGAGUUCAUCACUCACUCGGACAACAAAGUGGCCCUGGUGAAACAGUUGGAUACGAUCCUCAGUACCCUGAAUGAUAUUUUGAAUGAAAGUAAGCUGCUGUCAGAGCUGCGUCAGGAAGCAGCGGUGUGCCUGGGUCUCCUGUGCACCGCUCUGAGCUAUGAAACAGAGCGCAUCUUCAAGUGGAUGUUUGUCAAGUUCAGCUCCAGCACCCGGGACGAGGUCAGGCUGCUGUACCUGGUGGCAGCGUGCCGAGCCCUGGAGGCAGCCGGGGAGAGGAAGGCCUUCUCACCUGUCAUGCAGCUGGUGAUGAGUAGCCUGCAGUCCAUCCUGGAGAACCUGGACACGCCGGAGCUGCUGUGUCAGAGCGUCCGCUGUAUCCUGCAGGUGGCCCGCUGCUACCCACACGUCUUCAGCACCAACUUCAGAGAUACGGUGGAUAUCUUGGUGGGCUGGCACAUUGACCACACACAGAAACAGUCUCUGACUCAGCAGGUCUCAGGCUGGCUGCAGAGCCUGGAACAGUUCUGGGUAGCAGACCUGACCUUCUCCACCACGCUGUUGGGACAGUUUCUAGAGGACAUGGAGGCCUACGCAGAGGACCUGGGUCACGUGGGUUCUGGCGAGGCGGUCGACGAGGACAUCCCUCCUCCCACGGUGUCUCUGCCCAAACUGGCCGCUCUGCUGAGGGUGUUCAGCACCGUGGUGCGCUGCAUCGGACAGCGCUUCAACCCCAUUAGAGGACCGCCCAUCACACAGGCAUACGUCUCUGAUGUUUUGAACCGGGUGUUGGCGUGCGUGUCGACGGCCAAGCAGGUGUUGUUCUCUGAGCCGGUGUUGACGGCGGGGGGGAACGAGUGUGUGUGUGUCCUGCUGGUGAGCUUGGAGCCGUCCGCACAGCUGACCGACGCCGUCAUCACCUACGGUCUGGACCAGCUGGAUGCCUGCCGGGCCUGUGGCCCAGAGUACAGUCUGGCCGUCCUCAGCCUCAUCACGUUGAUUGUGGACCAGAUCAACACUAAGCUCCCAGCGUGGUUUGUGGAGAAGCUGCUGGCUCCGACAUCACAGCUCCUGGAGCUACGCUUCAACAGGGACAGAGAGGUGAUGUCAGCAGCCCUGGGUGUGUACCAGUCUGUUUUGAGCCUGAAGAACAUCCCCAUUCUGGAAGCAGCAUAUAAACUGGUUUUGGGAGAGAUGGCCUGUGCCCUGUCCAGCCUUCUGGCACCCCUGGGCCUCUCCCCGACCCCUGGUACCCCCUCCCCGACCCCUCCACCCUUUCCCGGCAUCCAGCACCCUGUCUUCGCCGCCCUCACCCUCACCCCAGAGAGGGCAGAGUUCACCCUCAUCUUCAACCUGUCAGCCCUCACCACCAUCGGCAACACCAAGAACUCACUCAUAGGGAUGUGGGCUCUGUCUCCUACGGUGUUUGCGUUGUUGAGUCAGAACCUGAUGUUGGUCCAUUCUGACCUGGCCGUCUACCACCCUGCCGUACAAUAUGCUGUGUUGUAUACCCUGUACUCACACUGUACCAGACAUGAUCACUUCAUCUCGUCCAGCCUGUCCUCCUCCUCCCCUUCUCUCUUUGACGGGGCGGUCAUCAGCACGGUAACCACGGCAACCAGGAAACACUUCAGCACCCUGCUGUCCCUGCUGGGAGCCCUGCUGAGGAAGGAGCAGCUCUACACUGAGGCCAGGAAGCUGUUGUUGACGUGGUCUCUGGAGAUGUGCCUGAUGAUGAAGAGGUCUGAUACCUACACCCCUCUCUUCUCCCUGCCCUCCUUCCACAAGUUCUGCAAGGGUCUGCUCCACAAUGCCCUGAAUGAGGACCCAGUCAUCUGCCUGCAGACCUGCAACAGCCUUCAGGUCAUCUCCUCCUCACUCAACACAGAGCUGCUGCAGAGGUGUGUGGAUGUGUGUCGUGUGCAGCUGGUGCACUCUGCGGUGAGGGUGAGGCAGGCGUACGGCAAGCUGCUGAGGACAAUCCCUCUGGACGUGACACUCAGUAACCACAGCCACCCAGAGAUAGAGGAGAUCUCCUUGGUGGUCCGUCGUCACAUGAGCCGCCCCCCCAGCAGCACCUUUCACCCCCAGGACUUCAGUGACCUCAUCAGCUUCAUCCUCUAUGGCAGCCAGCACCGCGGAGGUAAAGAACCGUGGCUGGAGCGUCUGUACCACAGCUGUCAGCGUCUGGAGAAGCGCGAGGGUGUCUCGUCAGGUCGUGAAGGGGGUGUGUGCGUCUCCGGUGCGGGUGGCGGUGUGUGUGUACCGCGUGUUCUGCUGAAGACUGAGGCCGUGCUGUGGCAGUGGGCGGUGUGGGAGGCAGCUCAGUUCACAGUGUUGUCUAAACUCCGUACCCCGCUGGGACGGGCACAGGACACCUUCCAGACCAUAGAGGGUAUAAUCCGCAGCCUGGCGGCCCACAGUCUGAACACUGAACAGGAGCUCAGCCAAUGGAGCGGCGGCGACACAGGCAGCGGUCACCAUAGCAACCAGCUGCGUCUGGCGCUGCUCCUGCAGUUCCUGGAAAACCUGGAGAAACUGAUGUACAACGCCUACGAGGGCUGUGCCAACGCUCUGACCGCUCCGCCCAAGGGUAUCAGAACAUUCUUCUAUACCAACCGUCAGACCUGCCAGGAUUGGCUGACUCGUAUCCGCCUGGCCCUGAUGAGGGUGGGGCUUCUGUCCGGCCAACCAGCAGUCACCGUGCGCCACGGCUUGGACCUGCUGACUGAGAUCCAGAACAGCAGCACUCUGGGUCCAGAGUUGGAGGCUCCUCUGGUGAUGCUGGUAGAGGCUCUGUGUGAACUUCACUGUCCUGAGGCUAUCCAGGGUUUAGCUGCCUGGAGUCUCACCAACACUGGCAAGAGUCUGGCUUGGGUCAGCUCUGUGGCACUACAGGCUGAGGGGCGGUUUGAGAAGGCUGCAGUGGAGUACCAGGAACAGCUGUGUGCCGUGACGGGGAUGGACUGUUCCAUUAGUAGCCUUUGA